AUGGUGGCUUAUACCGAUGAUGCAUAUACACUUGUUAGUAAUCAUCCUCUUUUUAUCGCCGGCUCACAAUCUAAAUGUCCUGCCUUGGUCGAACAUCCCUAUAAUAUUUGCUUACGUAGUCAAAUGUACAGUAAGUAUGGAUUUUUCAGAGUGCGACUACUAACUUUCUUACUCUAUGGUUGUUUCCUUGGUCUUUUGACAACUAUUAUUCUUUUGGGUAAACAACCUGAAUAUUUUUUUGCAAAAACAAAUCGAAAUAUGACAAAUGAUCUCGAUACAUGCGCAAUCGUAUCAAAAAAUCUAACAGCUGCCAAUGAUCCUGAAGCAUUACAAACAACGAGUUAUAAGAGAGUGAAAAAAAGUUAUUACGCUUUUCUUAUAACAUUGGCUUUUAAAAAUAUCAUUCUCAUAGUUACACUCUUUCCCAGAAUCACUCGAAUAGCUAGUUCUCUGCCAGAAAUUUGUGCACUCGUUCUCUCAUUUGUUUACGUUUAUGACUGGACGGAUUGGCAAAGUCCCGUUAUUAUUCGUUGCCCAAUUCAAUAUCAAAUUGGUGCUCUGGGUUUACUAGUAGCAUGGAUCAAUCUUCUAGGAUAUGUCAAACGUACAUCAUAUUUGAACAUCGGAAUCUUUGUUGCUAUGCUUCAAUUGAUUGCCUUCAAAUUUCUUAAAUUUAUUCCAGUUUUACUUGUUAUUAUCUGCGGUUUCGGCUUCACUUAUUGGAUGCUUAUACAAAAUCAACAACCAUUUCAAACACCUAUAGAAGCAUUGCUACGCACUGGUUUUCUUGUGUUUGACAUAGGCUACGAAGAUCGUUUGUAUGGUACUGAACCGUAUUAUUAUCCACUUCUUUAUCUCAUUCUUAUUCUCACUGCCAUUGUCUUCUGCAUUUUUAUUCUCAACUUACUCAUAAGUUUGGCUGUUGGAGAACUUCCUUCAUUAACUGAUCGUGGAACAUUAUGGCAAUCACAAAUGCUUUAUCUUCUUCUUUCUGAUUAUAGUAUUGUCAUGAUUCAAUUUACACGCUUAUUAAAUUGUAUAUCUUGUGGCAGACUUCGACGUAUUAUACGCAAGAAAUUGCAAAAUGGUAAAUCGCAUCGUGAACCAAUUGUUAUUAUCGAAGCAGAUCACAAACAUAAUCAAUACAAAAAAUUAUGGCAAUAUGCAAAAGAAAACAUUUUCGGCGAAAAAAUUCAUAAUGAUGUUACACAAAAAAAUACUUCGACAAGUGUCAAAUAG